AUGGGGAAAGGAACACAACUGGUAGAAAACAACAUUGACAAAGUGGUAUCAUUCUAUAUAAAGGAGAGUGAAGCGUCUAAUCAUGCAGUGAGAGAGGCAGCAUGUACUUGUAUUGCUGAAUUAGGUAAUAAGAUAUCACCAGAUGCUGUGAGGCCUCAUGUCAGUCAACUAGUGACAGCAUUACUGGACUGCUUCCAUGAUGAGAGCUGGCCUGUCAGAGAUGCUGCUUGUUUAGCUUGUGGUAACUUUAUUGCUUGUUUUCCUGACGAGUGUCAUGAGUACUUGUCUCAAUUAUAUCCGUUAUUCUUAGCCAAUCUUGAGGACAGCAUACCCUCUGUGAGACAAGGAGCUGCUGUUGCUAUUGGCAACCUAGUGAAGACAUAUGGUACUGAAGUUGAAGAUAAAGUCAUUAGUAUCAUCAAGGAAUGGCUCCCUCUUGUUUCUGAACAACCGCCUUCAGUUGAUAGCAGUGAUCCACUUCAUCCUGGUUUAGAAUCCGGUCCAGCUGUUUUUGGAGUUGUGAAAAGAAUCCAUGACAAUGACAUGGAUACCCACAGCAACCAACAGAUGUAUUCUUGUGGCUCACUGGCUCCUAAAAUGAAGAGGAGAGGAGGUGGUGGUGGAUGCAUGCACAGUGACUUCCAUAAACCAGCCCAGCCAUGGGAGAAGAGUGAGGGUUGUAUUCACCUACUGUCAGAGUUGUCUAAAGUGGAUCGGUGUCGUUCUAAUGUUGCAUUGCUGCUCCCAUUACUAGCAGAGACAACUGGACACAGACAAUACAUCCAACACU